UACUACGCGUGCGCAUUCGUGGCUACGUGGUGGCCACACUGGUUUAUAGCUAACAGAAGCUAAGAGCUUUCUUUCCUAGAAGGAGCAACAAGUAUCUGUAUUUAGACUUAAUUCAUACGUGUAAGCUGUUUUCACGGUACUAGUUCUGACAGAACGUCACCGUUGAAGACGUAUUAUUAGCACACUGUUAGCACCGCGAGCUAAGUUUAUCUUAAGCUCCGCUGCAGCAGUAUCAAAACAAACAGGCUAAGCGCGACUAGAAGCCCGGGAGCAGACCAACAUGGCGACCGAGGAAAAGAAACCAGACACGGAGCACAUCAAGCAGCCCUCAGCCUCCGCGGGGUCCGGAAGCAAAUCUAACCCAGCCAAACCAAACUACACAGUAAAGUUCACGUUGGCUGGACACACAAAAGCUGUUUCUUCUGUCAAGUUUAGUCCCAACGGAGAGUGGCUGGCCAGCUCCUCUGCUGAUAAGCUGAUAAAGAUCUGGGGAGCGUAUGAUGGAAAGUUUGAGAAAUCUAUCGUUGGACACAAACUGGGGAUCUCUGACGUCUCAUGGUCUUCAGACUCCAACCUGCUGGUCUCCGCCUCUGAUGACAAAACGCUCAAGAUCUGGGAUAAUAAUUCUGGAAAGUGUCUGAAGACUCUUAAAGGCCACAGUAACUAUGUUUUCUGCUGCAAUUUCAACCCUCAGUCCAACCUGGUGGUGUCUGGAUCGUUUGACGAGAGCGUCCGCAUCUGGGAUGUGAAAACAGGAAAAUGUCUCAAGACUCUGCCGGCGCACUCCGACCCCGUCUCUGCUGUUCACUUCAACAGAGAUGGUUCACUCAUCGUGUCCAGCAGCUACGAUGGACUGUGUCGUAUUUGGGACACGGCGUCAGGACAGUGUCUAAAGACUCUGAUUGACGAUGACAAUCCUCCUGUGUCUUUUGUCAAGUUUUCUCCCAAUGGAAAAUACAUCCUGGCGGCCACUCUGGACAAUACAUUGAAGCUGUGGGACUACAGCAAAGGAAAGUGUCUCAAGACGUACACGGGCCAUAAGAAUGAGAAGUACUGCAUCUUCGCCAACUUCUCUGUCACAGGAGGGAAGUGGAUCGUGUCUGGCUCUGAGGACAGCAUGGUUUACAUCUGGAACCUCCAGACCAAAGAGAUUGUUCAGAAACUACAAGGACACACAGACGUGGUGAUUUCCACGGCCUGUCAUCCCACGGAAAACAUCAUCGCCUCGGCUACUCUGGAGAACGACAAAACUAUCAAACUGUGGAGGAGCGACUGUUAGAGCAAACACACGCGCACACACACAGAUCCAGCACCUGAACUGAACCAGUUUAACAUGUGUUUCUCAGUUUCUUAAACACAAACACACAGUUGACUCCAGGAGUUUACAGUCAGACCAGAGAGUGUCACCGAUGAGGGUUUUAUACAAAAGUUUGGAUUUUAUUUCCUUUAUAUCAUUUUCCUUGACACGCGACGGGGCAGUUAUUUUAUUGGAUUAGUUCCUCGGAGAAACCAGUCGUUAUCGCGGUUUAAAACAUCAGACGUUAAUUUGCUAGAAGAGACACAGAAAUGCUGAAGAAAGUAGUGAAACAUGAAUUUAUUUUAAAGGUCGAAUAAUUUUAAGAUUUUAUAGUCUCUCCCAGGAACUGUGGCUGUCUUGGUUUUUAAAUAUGCUCUUUUUUUAAUGGUCCGUAUCUUUAGCAGCAUUUUUUUUUCAACUGUUGCCAUAAGUGCUGGAUGAAAAGUUGUUUGAAGAGUCACUGAUCUACUCCUCACUUCUCUCUCUUUCACCAAAAUGUUCAUAAAUUUCAAUACCUUUUUUUUUUACAAAGACUAAUAUUUAUUGGUGAAAUAAACAAAAUGUGUUUUCUUUUUCACAAUUUGUAAUCAAUAAGAAAUAGGUAUAAAAUAGGAACAGAUCUCGGGGUGUGGGUGACAGCCCACCCCCCACCUCCUCCCUUGCUCUGACUGUGAGUGUUGCAGUCGCUGUGUGUCUUGUGUGUGAAUCGUGUGCAAUGUUACUAUUAUGUGGGUUCGACAACAACAACAACAACAACAUACAGCAGUGUCAUCAGCUUCACUCCAACAUCAGCUGACCCAUAAUGCAAUAGUGACAACAGCGCUUCCUACGGGAAAGGAUUUUUCAGUUAUUUGUAAAUAAAGAUUUUUGACUAUGA